UCAUCGCCACCUGAAACGCGGUCAAACUAUCCUGCAGCCUGACUGAACAUAGUCAGCCGAGCCCGUUCUUUCGGUAGAUAAGGUCACCUCUCCCCCCUUCGCCGCUGAAGCCCGACCAUCCCCUUCAUCAAAGCCUCCUCCUCCACCGUCGUCAAGGAAUUUGUUGAAUAAGGCGGGUCAAUGGCUUCGAUCCUCUCUCCAGCUCCGGGCAACGUUGGAGUCGUGAGAAGCAUAGAUGACAAGAUCUACGUUGGCCUGAGGCCGCUGUCGACUCGGACAUACGUCGCUGUUGCGCGGGGAAGUAAGGCGAGGCCGUUUGCGGUGGUCAGGGCCAGCAGCGAGAAGGAGGUGUCCGUGAAAAGUUCGGGCUUGAGCAUCGAGGAGUGCGAAGCUGCAGCAGUCGCCGGGAAAUUUCCGGACCCUCCCCCGUUAUAUAGGCCCCAGGGCCCCAAGGGAACACCAGUUGUCCAACCACUUCCACUAAGUAGGCGGCCGCGGCGCAAUCGGAAAUCACCUGCGCUAAGAGCCGCUUUCCAGGAGACAACUCUGUCACCAUCUAAUUUUGUUCAUCCGCUUUUUAUCCAUGAAGGUGAAGAGGAUGUCCCAAUUGGUGCUAUGCCCGGAUGCUUUAGGUUGGGAUGGAGACAUGGCCUUCUUGAAGAGGUUUACAAGGCACGGGAUGUUGGUGUUAACAGCUUUGUGCUAUUUCCUAAAAUUCCUGAUGCACUGAAGUCACAAACAGGAGAUGAAGCAUACAAUGACAAUGGUUUAGUACCUAGAGCCAUACGCCUUCUUAAGGACAAAUACCCUGACAUUGUUAUUUACACUGAUGUUGCCCUGGAUCCCUAUUCCUCGGAUGGGCAUGAUGGAAUCGUGAGGGAAGAUGGUGUUAUUAUGAAUGAUGAAACAGUGCAUCAGUUAUGCAGACAGGCAGUUUCGCAGGCCCGUGCAGGUGCUGAUGUUGUUAGUCCUAGUGAUAUGAUGGAUGGUCGAAUUUUAGCAAUUCGGAUGGCACUUGAUGCUGAAGGUUUCCACGAUGUAUCCAUAAUGUCCUACACAGCAAAGUAUGCCAGUGCAUUUUAUGGUCCAUUUAGGGAAGCUUUGGAUUCAAAUCCACGUUUUGGGGACAAGAAAACUUACCAGAUGAAUCCAGCAAACUAUAGAGAGGCCCUUGUUGAAACUGAGGCAGAUGAGGCUGAAGGGGCAGAUAUUCUUCUGGUAAAGCCAGGGUUGCCGUAUUUGGACAUUAUACGUCUUCUUCGUGAUAGUUCUUCUUUACCAAUAGCUGCAUAUCAGGUGUCUGGUGAGUAUUCAAUGAUAAAAGCUGGUGGGGUUCUCAAAAUGAUUGAUGAGGAAAAGGUCAUGAUGGAGUCACUGUUAUGCCUUAGACGGGCUGGUGCAGACAUCAUCCUAACUUACUUCGCUCGUCAAGCUGCAAGUGUUUUGUGUGGCAUGAAGGGGAACUAGAGGAACAAGUACCUCUUCUUUUCUGACUAGAAUGGGAGACAACUUCGGACAUUGUAUUUAACUCAUGAUCAUCCUCAACGUCAUGGGAACCUGGAUUAGUUAAUAAAGGUCGAGUACAUCCUUAGUUUAUCAGAAACCCUUAAUGUGUUUGUCUCGAGUAACAGAGUGCUAGUACCAGGAUUCUUGAUGUGAUCUCACUCUGUGAGAUGGGUGUUCUGUGUUUUCGGCAUCUUGGUUUUCCAUCAUAAGGAAUGAUCUGGGGUUGGAUUUAUAGGUUUUGUAGUCAGGUGUUGUAAGUCAGCAAACUGUAGACGGCAAAGAUGUUUUGUUUAGUUUUUUGGAAUGUUGUGGAGUGACAUUAUCAAUGUUCCUAAGCUCUUGAAUUUUCAUGCUA